CAAAAAGUUGCUUCCGAUCGUUCCAUUUCAGUCACACUUGUCUCAUGAUUAAGUGAAACAUGAGGAGAAUUUUUAUUAUUUUUUUUGUCGCUUUUUUUGGACCGACCAUAAAUGGACAGUCCACAAAUCCAUUUACUCCGUACUGUGAUCAACUCACAGCACUUUUGCCGCAAAUUCAGUCAUCGACAGUGAAUGUUACAUGCACAACUCCACUGAUCCAAGACACUCAAAUUGCCUUACAUUACUGCACAACUUUUAUGACAAGCUCAUUAAGUCCAACAUCAACUGCGACUUUCCUAGCAACAAUUUCUGGACUAACUGCACAGAUUCAAGGCUUGUUUGCUGCUUGCAAUAAUAUUAGUGAAAGUGCAACAACAACAACCACAACAACUUCAACAACAUUACCACCUGACCAGAGAUUGACUUUGUUGCCUCAAUUUGAAUUCAUCAUCAGCAACUUGACAUCUUUGUUCAAUGUGUCAUCAGCAUCGUCAGCUAGCAGCUGCUGUUUACAGCCAAUUAAGAAUGACAUUGACUUUUUGGUCAGUUGGACACAAACUCUCAAGUCUGGCAUCUUAUCUCAAAGUUAUGGACUAGAAAUGUCCUACAUUCAGAGUCUUUACAGCAACAUUCAACAACUUUAUUCAAACUUCACAGAUUGUCAAACAGUCGGAAAUUGUUGUAAUUUAACAACCGUCUUAGCAACAACAACAACGAUUGCUACAACAACUGUCACAUCGACAACAACAUCUACAACAACCACAACAACCAAAGAUCCACGCUUAGCUUUAAUAACACCAUUACAGGAGCUUCUUGCACAAUUGAAUGCCUUACUACAGUCAGUUCAGACUUACAAUGGAACACAGACAGGAUGUCCAUCAUUCGUAGCUAAUUUCUCAAAUUUGAUCGGUUUAGUUCAAACUUUAAUUAACGACAUGAUGACAAUUGACUUUGGCACAUGCUCAGCUACAUUGAGUAGCCUACAAUCACAGGUAGCACAAGAGGCUGCAAACUGGGCAUUGUAUUGCACAAAUGACGUCACAACAACAACUUCUACAACAACUACAACUACAACAACAACCAUUGAUCCACGCAUAGCUUUGGUUAAUUUAGCUCAACAACUUCUUGCCAAUAUCAAUGCAUUAUUGCAGAGCAUGCAAAGUUAUAAUGGAUCUCAAGCUGGAGUUCCUUUAUUUGUCAGUAAUGCAUCAUCAGCAGCUACUCAGGCACAAGAUUUGAUUACAAACAUGUUCACAAUUGAGUUUUCGAUUUGUUCUGGAACUUUGACAAACUUGCAAAAUUUCUUUAGUCAACUUGCUGCUGCAUGGGCUUCUUAUUGCAUUAAUGAUGUUCCUACAACAUUGGCACCAACUACUUUGGCUCCAACAACUGAAGCUCCAACAACUGUAGCACCAACAACUUUAGCACCAACAACUGAAGCUCCAACAACAAUCGAUCCUCGUUUAGCUUUAGGACCUUUAGCAGAUCAACUUCUUGCCAAUUUAAAUGCAUUGAUAUUGAGCAUGCAAAGUUAUUCUGGAUCACAAGUUGGUGUUCCUUCAUUUGUUGGCAAUGCAACAUCUGCAGUUGCUCAGCUACAAAGCUUGAUCGCUAAUAUGUUCACAGUUGACUUUUCAAUUGGAUCUGCAAACCUGGCAAGUCUAGAAAGUUUCUUAAGUCAGCUGGCUGAAGCGUGGGCUUCUUACUGUGCCAAUGAUGUGCCUACAACUGUGGUUUCUACAACUGAAGUUCCUACGACCGAGAUUCCAACAACUUUAGCGCCAACAACCGAAGUCACAACAACUUUAGCACCAACAACCGAAGUCCCAACAACUUUAGCGCCAACAACCGAAGUCCCAACAACCGAGAUUCCAACAACAAUUGAUCCACGUCUAGCCUUAACAACUCCAUUGCAGCAGCUUCUUACCCAACUGAAUGCCUUACUACAGUCAGUUCAGACUUACAAUGGAACACAGACAGGAUGUCCACCAUUCGUAGCAAAUUUCACAAAUUUAAUCGGUUUAGUUCAAGCUUUAAUUAAUGACAUGAUGACAAUUGAUUUUGCAACAUGCUCAGCAACAUUAAGUAACUUACAAUCUCAAGCAACGCAAGAAGCUGCAAAUUGGGCAUCAUAUUGUGCAAAUGAUGUACCUACAACAGUGGUUCCGACCACUGAAGUUCCUACAACUUUAGCACCAACAACGGAAGCUCCAACAACUUUAGCACCAACAACGGAAGCUCCUACAACAUUAGCACCAACAACUGAAGCUCCAACAACUUUAGCACCAACAACUGAAGCUCCUACAACUUUAGCACCAACAACUGAAGCUCCAACAACUGAAGCUCCUACAACUUUAGCACCAACAACAUUAGCACCAACAACUGAAGCUCCAACAACUUUAGCUCCUACAACAUUAGCACCAACAACUGAAGCUCCAACAACUUUAGCACCAACAACUGAAGCUCCUACAACUUUAGCUCCAACAACUGAAGCUUCUACAACAUUAGCACCAACAACUGAAGCUCCAACAACUUUAGCACCAACAACUGAAGCUCCUACAACUUUAGCACCAACAACUGAAGCUCCUACAACUUUAGCACCAACAACUGAAGCUCCUACAACUUUAGCUCCAACAACUGAAGCUUCUACAACAUUAGCACCAACAACUGAAGCUCCUACAACUUUAGCACCAACAACUGAAGCUCCUACAACUUUAGCUCCAACAACUGAAGCUCCAACAACUUUAGCACCAACAACUGAAGCUCCUACAACUUUAGCACCAACAACUGAAGCUCCUACAACUUUAGCUCCAACAACUGAAGCUUCUACAACAUUAGCACCAACAACUGAAGCUCCUACAACUUUAGCACCAACAACUGAAGCUCCUACAACUUUAGCUCCAACAACUGAAGCUCCAACAACUUUAGCACCAACAACUGAAGCUCCUACAACUUUAGCAUCAACAACUGAAGCUCCUACAACCUUAGCAUCUACCACAACCUUAGCAUCUACCACAACAACCGUAGCAUCUACCACAACAACAACGGUUGCAACAACAACUACCCUUCCACCGCUUAAUACAGGAAUUUGUAACAAGCAGUACUCAUUUUUAGGUAUGGCAGUAACAGCCUGCAUAGUCAAUGGAGCAUUCACAUUCCAACAAGCUUAUAAUAAAUGCCAUCAAAAUGGAAUGAUUCAGCUAGCUAUGGUCAAUGGAAAGCAAUGGACAGCAUUUAAUGCUUUUGCUCUUAUUGCUGCUCAAGUAGACACAAACUUCUGGCUGAAUGGACUUCAUGAUGGAACUGCAUGGUAUGCUUACUAUCCAGAACCAGUUGCAGUGUAUUCUGGAAUAGCAUCGAUGAUUACAGGAACUCCAUCGCCUGGAGCAAAUUGUUUAAGACUUUAUAAGCCUGGACCUUUGAAGGCAUGGACAUUUAUGGCUAAUAGCUGUGCAGCAACUAUGUCUGCCUUGUGUCAAUUCAAUAACUAAUGUUGAUUGAUUAUUUUUUAAAAUUUAUUGUCAUUUUUGGAAU